CUCAAUAUGACACCCAAAAAUGUAUGGUGUGUUGUCAUACCAUUAGCUCUGAACAUGUAAAUGGUACAAACAAUGAAAUAAAUUACAAUCACGGCUGCCUUUGUUGUCCUAUAGUAUAUGAAGUGUCAAACCAAACAGCAACCAGCGAAAGUGACGGAUGGAAAUAUGGACAUAUGCAAGACUGCGAAAGUGAUGAAUGGACAUACGGAUAUUUGCGAGAGAUCGAAAGUCCUACUAAUUACACAGAUAGGAACGACAUCACAUGGAUAUAUGGAUAUCUGAAGAGUUAUAACUAUUCGACAAACGAAUCCAGUAAACAGAUUCUUGACAAUUGUUUAUGUAAAGGCUGUGUGUCUUUUCAACUGAAUACAAGUGUAAAUGAAACAGCUUUUGUUACGACUGAUGACGAUGAUGGUUGGAUUUACACGUAUUCCAACUCUAGUUCUAAUGAAUGUCUCGGCCAAUGUAACAUUAGUCUAAAUUGUUCCAAACAUAGUUGUGGUUAUUGUGUUGGAUGCUGCACGUUGAUUCAAUGCUGCGAAUGCGACAAGGAUAAUACCACAUCGGAGUCUUCGACCACUGAAGAAAUUAGCACCAUUCUAAAAACAGAGCAAAGCAUAAUAUCAACAUCGUCGGCAAUCACAACAGAAACGUCGACAGUAACUCAUUCUGAACCAAUUUCGACAAUAACUACAGUUCAAACGACAGAAACCUCAAUUCCAUCAACUCAAACCACAUUGUCAUCCACACAAAGUACAACUGAUCAAAGUACAACGGAAACUUCGCCGACAGAAACAACGACAGUAACUCAUUCUGUGCCAACAUCGACAGAAACUACAGUUCAAACGACGGAAACCUCAAUUCCAUCAACUCAAACCACAUUGGCAACCACACAAACUACAACUGAUCAAAGUACAACAGAAACGUCGCAAAAGGAAACAACGCCGGUUACUACUUCACAGACAACUGUAACAGACAUGGUGUCAUCAACAACAAUAAAAACUACAACUUCAACCAUGCCUAUUAAGCCUACUGAUCCAUCAAAUUGUCUUCUUUUUGCGUGCAGCUGUUGCUAUCCAUGUGCCAUUGACAAUCAUACCUUUGAAAAUGACUAUGAUAAGGAUAACAUAUACGAUCAAGUGUGCUGCAAAAGACCAAAACAAAACGUUACAAAUGACGAUGAUGACUGGGUAUAUGGAUAUACGAACCAAAGCUUAUGUCAGAUAAAUGGGACAAUCGAUGGCGAUCUAGAUCUGUGGAAGUAUGGUUAUAUCAGUGCUAAGAACUGUUCUUCUUUUUCAUGUAUCUCAUGUUGCAAUAAUGGUACAAACAGCUAUGAAAUGAAUUGCACCUUUGAUAGUUCUUGUCACUAUUGCAGUAACGUUUGCAACUGCUGUGGUUAUUCGAACAGUACUGAUGAUACAAUGGUGUAUGUUAACUGGUCACACCGAUGCUGUUCACCUUGUUGUUGCCAUUAUAAGGGUAAAAACUCUACAACUAUGACUUCUACUGGCGAUGACUGGAUAUAUUCAAACAACAGCCGUCCUGAAUGUUUCCACCCAUGUGAUACGACCAUACAAAGCAACGAACACUAUUUUCAUAUAAAUUGUUCAUGCUGUGUAAGGAUUUGCUGCUACGAAUGUAAAAAUGAAACAAUCACUUCUGAUUCACCAACAACUGAUCAAACCACUUCAAUGCAAUCAACGACAGACAUCAUAACUGAAACGACUAUCGAGACAUCAGUCCAAACAACAGAGUCUACGCUAUGGUCAACCAGCAUGGAAAGUACACUUACCAAAACAACAGAAACUUCGGUUCAAACGACAGAAACUACAAUCGAUCAAAGUACAACAGAAACUUCGCCGACAGAAACAACGACAGUAACUCAUUCUGUGCCAACAUCGACAGAAACUACAGUUCAAACGACAGAAACCUCAAUUCCAUCAACUCAAACCAUAUUGUCAACCACACAAACUACAACAGAUCACAGUACAACUGAUCAAAGUACAACAGAAACGUCGCCAAUAGAAACAACGACAGUAACUCAUUCUGUCCCAACAUCGACAGCAACUACAGUUCAAACGACGGAAACCUCAAUUCCAUCAUCUCAAACCACAUUGUCAACCACACAAACUACAACAGAUCACAGUACAACUGAACAAAGUACAACAGAAACGUCGCAAACAGAAACAACGACAGUAACUCAUUCUGUCCCAACAUCGACAGAAACUACAGUUCAAACGACGGAAACCUCAAUUCCAUCAACUCAAACCACAUUGUCAACCACACAAACUACAACUGAUCAAAGUACAACGGGAACUUCGCCAAAGGAAACAAAACAAAAAAUGACAAAUGACGAUGAUGACUGGGUAUAUGGACAUACGAACCAAAGCUUAUGUCAGAUAAAUGAGUCAAUCGAUGGCGAUCUAGAUCUGUGGAAGUAUAGUUAUAUCAGUGCUAAGAACUGUUCUUCUUUUUCUUGUAUAUCAUGUUGCAAUAAUGGUACCAACAACUAUGAGACGAAUUGCACAUUUGACAGUUCUUGUCCUUAUUGCAGUAACGUUUGCAACUGCUGUGGUUAUUCGAACAGUACUGAAGAAAAAAUAGUGUCUGGUAACUGGUCACAUAGAUGCUGUUCAUCAUGUUGUUUUCAUUGCAAGGUUGAAAACUCUACAAAUAUGUCUUCUACUGAAGAUGACUGGAUAUAUUCGAACAACAGCGGUCACGAAUAUUUCCAUCCAUGUAAUAUGACCAUACAAAGCAACGGCAACUAUUCUAAUAUCAAUUGUCCAUGCUGUGUAUGGAUUUGCUGCUACGAAUGUAAAAAUGAAACAAUCACUACUGAUUCACCAACAACUGAUCAAACCACUUCAAUGCAAUCAACGACAGACAUCAUAACGGAAACGACUAUGGAAACAUCAGUCCAAACAACAGAGUCUACGCUAUUGUCAACCACCAUAAAAACUACACAACCCAGAACAACAGAAACUUCGGUUCAAACGACCGAAACUACAACCGAUCAAAGUACAACAGAAACUUUGCCGACAGAAACAACGACAGUAACUCAUUCUGUGCCAACAUCGACGGAAACCUCAAUUCCAUCAACUCAAACUACAUUGUCAACCACACAAACUACAACUGAUCAAAGUACAACAGAAACUUCGCCGACAGAAACAACGACAGUAACUCAUUCUGUGCCAACAUCGACAGAAACUACAGUUCAAACAACGGAAACCUCAAUUCCAUCAACUCAAACAACAUUGUCCACCACACAAACUACAACUGAUCAAAGUACAACCGAUCAAAGUUCGACAGAAACUUCGCCGACAGAAACAACGACAGUAACUCAUUAUUUGCCAACAUCGACAGAAACUACAGUUCAAACGACGGAAACCUUUAUUCCAUCAACUCAAACCAUAUUGUCAACCACACAAACUACAACUGAUCAAAGUACAACAGAAACGUCGCCAACAGAAACAACGAUAGUAACUCAUUAUGUGCCAACAUCGACAGCAACUACAGUUCAAACGACGGAAACCUCAAUUCCAUCAACUCCAACCACAUUGUCAACCACACAAACUACAACUGAUCAAAGUACAACGGAAACUUCGCCAAAGGAAACAACUCCGGUUACUACUUCACAGACAACUAUAACAGACAUGGCAUCAUCAACAGCAAUGGAAACUACAACUUUACCUAUACCUACAAAGCCUACUGAUUCAUCAAAUUGUCUAAAUUUGGCGUGCAGCUGUUGCUGUCCAUGUGGUAUUGACAAUCACACAUUUGAAAAUGACUAUUAUAAGGAUAAGCCCGAGGGUUACAUAUACGACCCAGUGUGUUGCAAAAGAACAAAACAAAACAUUACAAAUGACGAUGAUGACUGGGUAUAUGGAUAUACGAACCAAAGCUUAUGUCAGAUAAAUGGGUCAAUCGAUGGCAAUCUAGAUCUGUGGAAGUAUGGGUAUAUCAGUGCUAAGAACUGUUCUUCUUUUCCUUGUAUAUCAUGUUGCAAUAAUGGUACCAACAGCUAUAAGCUGAAUUGCACCUUUGACAGUUCUUGUCACUAUUGUAGUAACGUUUGCAACUGCUGUGGCAAUUCGAACAGUACUGAUGAUACAAUGGUGUAUGUUAACUGGUCACGCCGAUGCUGUUCACCUUGUUGUUGUCAUUAUAAGGGGGAAAACUCUACAACUAUGACUUCUACUGGCGAUGACUGGAUAUAUUCAAACAACAGCGGUCCCGAAUGUUUUCAUCCAUGUAAUACGACCAUACAAAGCAACGAACACUAUUUUCAUAUAAAUUGUUCAUGCUGUGUAAGGAUUUGCUGCUACGAAUGUAAAAAUGAAACAAUCACUUCUGAUUCACCAACAACUGACCAAACUACUUCAAUUCAAUCAACGACAGACAUCAUAACUGAAACGACUAUGGAGACAUCAGUCCAAACAACAGAGUCUAGGCUAUGGUCAACCAGCAUGGAAAGUACACUUACCAAAACAACAGAAACUUCGGUUCAAACGACAGAAACUACAAUCGAUCAAAGUACAACAGAAACUUCGCCGACAGAAACAACGACAGUAACUCAUUAUGUGCCAACAUCGACAGAAACUACAGUUCAAACGACAGAAACCUCAAUUCCAUCAACUCAAACCACAUUGUCAACCAAACAAACUACAACAGAUCACAGUACAACUGAACAAAGUACAACAGAAACGUCGCCAACAGAAACAACGACAGUAACUCAUUCUGUCCCAACAUCGACAGAAACUACAGUUCAAACGACGGAAACCUCAAUUCCAUCAACUCAAACCACAUUGUCAACCACACAAACUACAACUGAUCAAAGUACAACGGGAACUUCGCCAAAGGAAACAAAGCAAAAAAUGACAAAUGACGAUGAUGACUGGGUAUAUGGACAUACGAACCAAAGCUUAUGUCAGAUAAAUGAGACAAUCGAUGGAAAUCUAGAUCUGUGGACGUAUGGUUAUAACAGUGCUAAGAACUGUUCUUCUUUUUCAUGGAUAUCAUGUUGUAAUAAUGGUACCAACAGCUAUGAGAUGAAUUGCACCUUUGACAGUUCUUGUCACUUUUGCAUUAACGUUUACAACUGCUGUGGUUUUGCGAACAGUACUGAAUUAAAAAUAAUGUCUGUUAACUGGUCACACCGAUGCUGUUCAUCAUGUUGUUUUCAUUGUAAGGUUGAAAACUCUACAAAUAUGUCUUCUACUGACGAUGACUGGAUAUAUUCGAACAACAUCGGUCAUGAAUGUUUCCAUCCAUGUAAUCUGACCAUACAAAGCAACGAACACUAUUCUCAUAUAAAUUGUGCAUGCUGUGUAUGGAUUUGCUGCUACGAAUGUAAAAAUGAAACAAUCACUACUGAUUCACCAACAACUGAUCAAACCACUUCAAUGCAAUCAACCACAGACAUCAUAACGGAAACGACUAUGGAGACAUCAGUCCAAACAACAGAGUCUACGCUAUUGUCAACCACCAUGAAAACUACACAACCCAGAACAACAGAAACUUCGGUUCAAACGACCGAAACUACAACUGAUCACAGUACAACAGAAACUUCGCCGACAGAAACAACGACAGUAACUCAUUUUGUGCCAACAUCGACGGAAACCUCAAUUCCAUCAACUCAAACUACAUUGUCAACCACACAAACUACAACUGAUCAAAGAACAACAGAAACUUUGCCGACAGAAACAACGACAGUAACUCAUUCUGUGCCAACAUCGACGGAAACCUCAAUUCCAUCAACUCAAACUACAUUGUCAACCACACAAACUACAACUGAUAAAAGUACAACAGAAACUUCGCCGACAGAAACAACGACAGUAACUUAUUCUGUGCCAACAUCGACAGAAACUACAGUUCAAACGACGGAAACCUCAAUUCCAUCAACUCAAACCAUAUUGUCAACCACACAAACUACAACUGAUCAAAGUACAACCACUCAAAGUACAACAGAAAUUUCGCCGACAGAAACAACGACAGUAACUUAUCCUGUACCAACAUCGACAGAAACUACAGUUCAAACGACGGAAACCUCAAUUCCAUCAACUCAAACUACAUUGUCAACCACACAAACUACAACUGAUCAAAGUACAACAGAAACGUCGCCGACAGAAACAACGACAGUAACUUAUCCUGUACCAACAUCGACAGAAACUACAGUUCAAACGACGGAAACCUCAAUUCCAUCAACUCAAACUACAUUGUCAACCACACAUACUACAACUGAUCAAAGUACAACUGAUCAAAGUUCAACAGAAACUUCGCCGACAGAAACAACGACAGUAACUCAUUCUGUGCCAACAUUGACAGAAACUACAGUUCAAACGACGGAAACCUCAAUUCCAUCAACUCAAACCAUAUUGUCAACCACACAAACUACAACUGAUCAAAGUACAACCACUCAAAGUACAACAGAAAUUUCGCCGACAGAAACAACGACAGUAACUUAUCCUGUACCAACAUCGACAGAAACUACAGUUCAAACGACGGAAACCUCAAUUCCAUCAACUCAAACUACAUUGUCAACCACACAAACUACAACUGAUCAAAGUACAACAGAAACGUCGCCGACAGAAACAACGACAGUAACUUAUCCUGUACCAACAUCGACAGAAACUACAGUUCAAACGACGGAAACCUCAAUUCCAUCAACUCAAACUACAGUGUCAACCACACAACCUACAACUGAUCAAAGUACAACAGAAACUUCGCCGACAGAAACAACGCCGAUUACUACUUCACAGACAACUGUAACAGACAUGUCAUCAUCAACAGCAAUGGAAACUACAACAUCAACCAUACCUACUAAACCUACUGAUCCAUCAAAUUGUCUACAAUUUGCGUGCAGAUGUUGCUGUCCAUGUGCUAUUGACAGUGAUACAUUUGAAAAUGACUAUAAUAAGGACAAACCUGAGGGUUACAAAUACGACCAAGUGUGUUGCAAAAGAACAAAACAAAUCGUUACAAAUGACGAUGAUGACUGGGUAUAUGGAUAUACGAACCAAAGCUCAUGUCAGAUAAAUGAGUCAAUCGAUGGCGAUCUAGAUCUGUGGAAGUAUGGUUAUAUCAGUGCUAAGAACUGUUCUUCUUUUUCUUGUAUAUCAUGUUGCAAUAAUGGUACCAACAACUAUGAGACGAAUUGCACAUUUGACAGUUCUUGUCCUUAUUGCAGUAACGUUUGCAACUGCUGUGGUUAUUCGAACAGUACUGAAGAAAACAUAGUGUCUGGUAACUGGUCACAUAGAUGCUGUUCAUCAUGUUGUUUUCAUUGCAAGGUUGAAAACUCUACAAACAUGUCUUCUACUGAAGAUGACUGGAUAUAUUCGAACAACAGCGGUCACGAAUGUUUCCAUCCAUGUAAUAUGACCAUACAAAGCAACGGCAACUAUUCAAAUAUCAAUUGUCCAUGCUGUGUAUGGAUUUGCUGCUACGAAUGUAAAAAUGAAACAAUCACUACUGAUUCACCAACAACUGAUCAAACCACUUCAAUGCAAUCAACGACAGACAUCAUAACGGAAACGACUAUGGAGACAUUAGUCCAAACAACAGAGUCUACGCUAUUGUCAACCACCAUGAAAACUACACAACCCAGAACAACAGAAACUUCGGUUCAAACGACCGAAACUACAACCGAUCAAAGUACAACAGAAACUUUGCCGACAGAAACAACGACAGUAACAUAUUCUGUGCCAACAUCGACGGAAACCUCAAUUCCAUCAACUCAAACUACAUUGUCAACCACACAAACUACAACUGAUCAAAGUACAACAGAAACUUCGCCGACAGAAACAACGACAGUAACUCAUUCUGUGCCAAAAUCGACGGAAACCUCAAUUCCUUCAACUCAAACUACAUUGUCAACCACACAAACUACAACUGAUCAAAGUACAACAGAAACUUCGCCGACAGAAACAACGACAGUAACCCAUUCUGUGCCAACAUCGACAGAAACUACAGUUCAAACGACGGAAACCUCAAUUCCAUCAACUCAAACUACAUUGUCAACCACACAUACUACAACUGAUCAAAGUUCAACAGAAACUUCGCCGACAGAAACAACGACAGUAACUCAAUUUGUGCCAACAUCGACAGAAACUACAGUUCAAACGACGGAAACCUCAUUUCCAUCAACUAAAACUACAUUGUCAAUCACACAUACUACAACUGAUCAAAGUUCAACAGAAACUUCGCCGACAGAAACAACGACAGUAACUUAUCCUGUACCAACAUCGACAGAAACUACAGUUCAAACGACGGAAACCUCAAUUCCAUCAACUCAAACUACAUUGUCAACCACACAACCUACAACUGAUCAAAGUACAACAGAAACUUCGCCGACAGAAACAACGCCGAUUACUACUUCACAGACAACUGUAACAGACAUGUCAUCAUCAACAGCAAUGGAAACUACAACAUCAACCAUACCUACUAAACCUACUGAUCCAUCAAAUUGUCUACAAUUUGCAUGCAGCUGUUGCUGUCCAUGUGCUAUUGACAGUGAUACAUUUGAAAAUGACUAUAAUAAGGACAAACCUGAGGGUUACAAAUACGACCAAGUGUGUUGCAAAAGAACAAAACAAAACGUUACAAAUGACGAUGAUGACUGGGUAUAUGGAUAUACGAACCAUAGCUCAUGUCAGAUAAAUGAGUCAAUCGAUGGCGAUCUAAAUCUGUGGAAGUAUGGUUAUAUCAGUGCUAAGAACUGUUCUUCUUUUUCUUGUAUAUCAUGUUGCAAUAAUGGUACCAACAACUAUGAGACGAAUUGCACAUUUGACAGUUCUUUUCCUUAUUGCAGUAACGUUUGCAACUGCUGUGGUUAUUCGAACAGUACUGAAGAAAAAAUAGUGUCUGGUAACUGGUCACAUAGAUGCUGUUCAUCAUGUUGUUUUCAUUGCAAGGUUGAAAACUCUACAAAUAUGUCUUCUACUGAAGAUGACUGGAUAUAUUCGAACAACAGCGGUCACGAAUGUUUCCAUCCAUGUAAUAUGACCAUACAAAGCAACGGCAACUAUUCUAAUAUCAAUUGUCCAUGCUGUGUAUGGAUUUGCUGCUACGAAUGUAAAAAUGAAACAAUCACUACUGAUUCACCAACAACUGAUCAAACCACUUCAGUGCAAUCAACGACAGACAUCAUAACGGAAACGACUAUGGAGACAUCAGUCCAAACAACAGAGUCUACGCUAUUGACAACCACCAUGAAAACUACACAACCCAGAACAACAGAAUCUUCGGUUCAAACGACCGAAACUACAACCGAUCAAAGUACAACAGAAACUUUGCCGACAGAAACAACGACAGUAACUCAUUCUGUGCCAACAUCGACGGAAACCUCAAUUCCAUCAACUCAAACUACAUUGUCAACCACACAAACUACAACUGAUCAAAGUACAACAGAAACUUCGCCGACAGAAACAACGACAGUAACUCAUUCUGUGCCAACAUCGACAGAAACUACAGAUCAAACGACGGAAACCUCAAUUCCAUCAACUCAAAUUACAUUGUCAACCACACAUACUACAACUGAUCAAAAUACAACUGAUCAAAGUUCAACAGAAACUACGCCGACAAAAACAACGACAGUAACUCAUUCUGUGCCAACAUCGACAGAAACUACAGUUCAAACGACGGAAACCUCAAUUCCAUCAACUCAAACCAUAUUGUCAACCACACAAACUACAACUGAUCAAAGUACAACCGAUCAAAGUACAACAGAAACUUCGCCGACAGAAACAACGACAGUAACUCAUUCUGAACCAUCAACGACAAUAACAUCGGUUGGAACAACAGAAACCUCAAUUCCUACUACAGAAACCACAAUUUCAACUUCACAAAAUACAACAGAUCGAAGAACAACAGAAACCUCGCCGACAGAAACAACGACAGUAAAUCAUUCUGAGCCAACAUCGACAAAAACUUCAGUUCGAACAACAGAAAUCUCAAUUCCAUCAGCAGACAUCAGAACUACAACGUCGCAAUCUACAACUGAUCAAAGUACAACAGAAACUUCGCCGAUAGAAGCAACGACAACAACUCAUUCAGAACCAACGACAGAAACUUCAGUUCGAAAGACGGAAACCUCAAUUCCAGCAACAGAAACCGCAAUUACAACGUCACAAACUACAACUGAACAAAGUACAACAGAAACUUCACAAGAAGAAACAACUACAAUAACUGCUUCAGAACCAACGACAGACACUUCAGUUCGAAUGACAGAAACCUCAAUGACAGCAACAGAAACCGCAAUUACAACGUCACAUAUUACAACUGAUCAAAGUUCAACAGAAACUAUACCAAAAGAAACAUCUUCCAUAACUGUUUCAGAACCAACAACAACAGAAACUUUAGAUCAAACGACAGAAACCUCGAUUCCAUCAAUUUCAACGACAUACACUACAACUGAUCAAAGUACAACAGAAACUGCACCAACAGAAACAACUACAAUUACCUUUUCAGAAACAACAUCGACAGAAACUACAACUACCACUACAUCUCCAACAGAGACAGUUUUCAUCAUUAUUAUUAUAAUUGUUGCUGUCAUUGGAUUUGUUAUGGCGACUGUUUGCAUAAUUGUCGUGUAUUGCUACAUCGAAAAGAAUAGGGCACUUGCUAAGGUUGUUCCUGGUCCAAUGGCUGCGUUUUAAAACUUACUUUGACGAAGCAAAACAUUCAAACAACGACAUUUUUAUUUUUAAAAACAGUAAUAAAGCGUUUUGUCUGUAUGUAGA